CCGAGCUCUCGUCGUGAAAUAUCAGUGAACAUGGACAGUCGAUUGUUCCAUCCCUGUUAACACGUGACAUUUUCGCCCUGGGAAAAAUGAGUCCCGGGUUAGGGCACGAUCCUCUGCCGUCUUACAACAAGACUGUGAUCGGAAACGCCGCGCUCUGCUUGUGGCAACAGCCGCAACACGUCUUGUUCCAGCUGGCGAAUUUCUGCUUCGUGCUCUCGUAUUCGGCGCCGUCCUCUAAGAAGGGUAUUUUGUUCAUGCACUCGGUACUGAUCGUCGGUUUUAUGUUACUGUCGGGAUGGGCUUGGCAUGUAAUUUGCGCGCCGGAUAUAUUUUCCUGGAACUUCAGCUUCUUGUUACUGAACAUCGGCCAAUUAGUGUACACCUUUUAUCAGAUGAGACCCGUCAAGUUUGAUCCCGAAUUGGAGGAGGCUUAUCACACGCUUUUCUACCCCUUCAAAGUCUCGCGUUUGCAAUUCAAGCGUUUGGUAUCGCCGGAUUUCACGACGAUAAUGUCCCUCCAUGCCGGCGAGGCGUACGCGAUGCAGAACUUAACGAAAACCGACAGACUGGGCUUGCUGCUCAGCGGUAAAGUCAACGUUCUCAGCGACAACAAUUUUCUGCAUCCGAUAUUGCCCUGCGAAUUCCUCGAUUCGCCGGAAUUCGAGAGUUCCCGAGCUUCCGUCGAUGAUAAAUUCAAGGUUUCCAUCGUGGCGGCGAGUUCUUGCCGAUACUUAUUCUGGCAGAGAUCAGCUUUGGAGUAUCUCCUUGCGAAGGAAACUUACCUUGCGACCGUCCUGACCACGCUGGUGGCGAGAGAUAUCGCGACGAAGCUGUACUCGAUGAAUAACAAGAUAGUUACGGACAAAGGGUCGCAUUUGGACAUUCGCCUACCUUCGAUCAGCGCCGGUUUAGGGAUAAGCGGCGAGUACAGAAGUCCUCGAACGUACAGGCACGCGCUGAUUCGCAGAAAAGAAACUGAACUGAUGCCCAACAACGUCAGCAGCAUAAAGUUCAAGGAUCGCACGAUCAACAACCUGACGAAGAAAGGCGCGCCGAACAUGGAGCCCCUUCCGGAGCUGCCGUCCUGCGACGACCUGGCCUCCAGCGGCGUAGAGAGCUGGCUGGACUCCUCCAGCAAGUAUCACAGUUGCGAGAUCGUCGACGAGGAAUAGCAUCACGCCUCCUACUCGAACAACGAGAGCUUGCUCAGAGAUGGCGAGUUCAGCGAGCAGGAAACGCAGACCUACUGCUGUAAGAGCGGGGACUACUGGGAACCCUAUCCCGAGAACUAGCGAUAGAAAAGAUCCGUAGAUACCUUCUGGAUCUUAACUCGCUACGGGGUUCGAUCUCUCUCGGGACGAUUCAACGAGAUUCGACGACGAGCUGGAAUUGCUUCUCGUUCUUGGAAUAUUCGUUAAAAAAUGGACAGUGUUCGAACACUCGUGGAAGCACGCGUUCGUGCUGAUCGUCCACGUAUUUUACGAUUAUCGAACCGUAGGUUGUUGCCCGGUAACGAAGAUCGCAACGAAGGCAUCUUUCGAAUGUUAUGCGUGCAAAUUUAACGUUCUGUACAUACUUGUAAAUAUCGUACUCGAGGAACUCGCGGAGAAUGAAAUUUCUCGCCCGAGAGGAAGAGGAGCGCACACACAACUACUGUGAGAAUAUUCUAAAUAAUUUCCCGAAAGGGGCAAAACACACACACACACACAUACACACUCGUUAAAUAAGUGCAAUGUUCAUAAGUGAAUUCACAUAAAUGCGCCUAUAACGUUUUUGUAAAUAUCGGGAUAUCGAUCGAGGGCUCGACAGCUAGCGAGAGUGGAGGAUUUCUCAUGAAAAAGAGGUUUUUACAAGAGAAAAGAAGAAAAAAAAAGGAGACGAACGAGGAAAAAUGCCCAAAUAUCCAACCAAAUUUUAAAACAACCUGAGACUAUUUAUAAUUGAAUAAA